AGUCAAUCUUUAUUUGACCUAGGUAAUUCGCGUACCUUCCUCUCCUAAUUUUUGUGAUUAGUUGUAGUGUAAUGGUAUAAUUAUUGGUGCUCUGAUUGAGCGUGCUAGAAACCCUAGGAUUGACAUUUCCGACCAUGGCCUCCACUUCCGCUCCUCAGUUCUCGCAUUCGCCUUCCCCUUCCCCUCAAGCUUCUUCAUCUUCCUCCCCCCAACUCCAGGAUCUCGAGAGCCUCCCUUCCCCCUCUGCCUCUUAUGAUUCUCCAAUUAUUCCCAGUUCUUCUCCGCCUAAAAGAAGGGGUAAGAAGACACCCCAACCCCCCAAGUGUAUUCCUGAAUCCCGCCUCAGUGUCGCGGAGAUGGACAAAAUGCGACGCAAGUGUUGCUGCCCCCUAGGUUUACAAUUUAUCGCCUUUUCCAAAGACUCGACCCCUCCGGAAAAACUCUAUGAUCAUAAGACAGUGGCUAUCUGGAAAGCCCAGAUAGAUGCUGGUCUAAGACUUCCUCCUCCUCCUUUCUUGGCCGAAGUUUGCAAUUACUACCGUAUCCCCUUUUACCAGCUCACUCCCUCUGCCAUCCGGAGAUUGUACGCUUUUCACAUUCUAUGCCGCUUCCAUGGUGUUGGAGAUACUGCCCAGUUAUUCUUCCAGACCCAGUCGCUUCGUAUGCAGAACAGCCCUCUGUACAGUUUUGCUAGCCUUAAGAAGUAUCCCACCACCUUUCUUUCCUCCCUAAACUCUCACGACAAAAACUUCCUGUUCCAAUACUGUUAUGUGCGUACUCUUUCGGGUUCUUGGCGCGAGUAUUUCGUUUCGGAGCUGCAAUGGCAUAACCCUCGCACCACCUAUAAGCCGGCCUCUCCCGAUGCCCCUUCCACCUUUGAUUUGGGGGUUAUAGCCCACCUUAAUGCUAUGAACAAAGCUCAGCCUUUAGACUGUAAAUACCUGGCUGAGAACAAUUCGGCUCUGGCUUACAAUGGCCUGUUUCCCCUAUAUCCACAGAAAUCAAUAGACAUGUCUUGGAGAAACAAGUGCGGGGCCAAAUUGCCUGACAUUACUGCUCCUGCUCCCAGUGGAGAGCAUGGCUCGGGGGGUUCUGUUUCCAGGACGUCCCUAUCAGAACAACCGACCGGGGCCGAGCUGAUCGCCAUUCCCUCUGUAGUAGAGAUCUCAGAAGGAAAUGUGGAACCCUCACGCCCAUUUGAUGCAGAGGAGACUGAUGCGGGCGCCCUUGUUCAUAGGAGCAAACGUCCCAGUACUGGUGAUGCAUCUGGCACUUGUGAAGAAGAUAUCCAGAUUGUAGAUAUUACUGAUGAAAUUCCUUCACCCGACUCGGCCCCCGGUGUCACCCUUGCUGAGCUUUCGAAGAAAAGGAAAAGGGGUUCUCUGAUCUCUGUGGGUGAGAAGGAGAAGCAGGAGGGCCUGAAGAAGGCCGGCAAGUCCCAGGAGCCAGCAAAGAAGUCGGCUGGUGGUUCGAAGGUCCUCCCUUCUGCUGGGGAAAAGGGCAAAGGGCCAGCAAAGAAGUCUGCUGGUGGUUCUAAGGUUCCCGCUUCUGCCGGGGGAAAGGGCAAGGGAAAAGCUGUGGUGCCCCCUGCUGAUGAACCAGAGGAUGUUGUUCCUGGGCCGAUUUCGAGUUUGUCGGGUCAAGGGCUAAUUGAUGCCUUGAUAGCUCGUGUCCACUCAAAGGACCAGGAGAAAGUGGAGAAGUUGACCCGGGGGGUUUUAGCUACUCAGCUGUGCCAGUUGGCUCUUCAGGUGGAGGCUCGAAUGUGGGGAGCUGUUAAGUGCAUCCACGACUAUGACAUGGCAGAGAAAGAAAGAGAGAAGGAGCAAGCGGACAUCGCCAAGCGUGAUGAUGAUGUCGCUGGAGUGGUAGAACGUCUGAGUAAGGCUGAAGCAGAGAUUGCUGAGUUGAAGGCUCAGUUGGCCCAAGCGGAGGUGGAGAAGUCCUCCCUGGUUUCUGAAUUGACCAGGACGACCAAGGAAAGCCAUGAGAGCCUUGUCAGGUUCAAGGCGGGGUACGAAAAAGCCUACAGGGAAACCAGGCGUGGCUGGAAGAAGACACUUGUAGAGGCUCAAAACCGCGCUUACAUCCUGGGGGUACGAGAUCAACGCCUGGAGUAUUUCCUAUCUCCGCAGGGUCAACACUUCCUGGGAGUGAUGCUAGAGGGCACUCUGGGGGCUUUCAAAAAGACUCCCGAAUACCUGGAGGAUUUUGGGCCCCUUUUUGCUUACGUGAUAGAGCGUACUGCUACAAAGGCACUGGAGAUGGCGGGAGCCACCCCGGAGCAACUCGCUUCCUUGGAUUUUCGAGCCCUGAUGGAUAACCUCAAGGAUGAGGAAAUAAAUGAACUGAUGGGGAUCCCUGCAAAUUCUCCAGGGAAACCAGAGUGGUGGUAUCCAGUGCUGGAGAAGGCCAUUCCCUAUUUUACUCUUGGGAUUGGAUUUGACUCAUUGCCCUCUGCUCCCAUGUAUAUGCCUGCUUUCUCUGCUUCCCUGGUACGCUUUGUAAACCGGCUGCGGGAUCCCACUGGCAAGGGCACCCGGACAUUUUCUCAGUUCAGCAUGGAGCCUCCCCUGCCCUCUGAUUUAGCGCCUUCAGCUUUCUCCGACUCUGCCUCCUCCUCUGCUGCGGUUGACCAGCUGUUUGAUCUGUAUAGAGAUGAGAAUUUAUAUGUGCAGGAAGCUAUGAAGUUGUUGGAUUUGGGAGCUCGUCUUCCCAAGGUGAAAGAGAUCGGCAUGCUGCCUGUGUUUACAGGGGGGGCGUCUGCUAGUCGGAUCCCCACGAGUGAUGUCCCUCUAUUGGAUUCCUCUGCUUCUGCUCCUACUUCCUCUACUUCCCCUGAAGAUGCCUCCAUUCCUCCUGCCUAAUUUGAUAACAAUUUCUGUAACUCUUUAUUUUGUACAGACUGAAUACUUACCUCCGAUUUUUGGUGUACAGCUGUGCCUCCUUGGCACGUUUUUAUGAAACUUCUUUUCCACUUA